AUCCUUGUUGCAGAACUUUCUCUGUGUUCAUUCUAGUCUUUUAUUGUGAUAGUCAGUAUAUGGACACUCCAGACAAAUUAACGCUGUCACGUUUCGUAAAUACGCAUGCGUAUGCUAUUUGCUUAUCUGUGCCGUAUAUGAAAAUUGAUGCUAUGCCAUUCAACCAGGAUAGUUCCUCGUGCCAGGUCUUAUCUUCUUCGCUGAAUUAUUCAUUUCUUUAGAAUAGCAGAGCGUAAAAUAAAGUUAUGAAACACUUAAUUCACAGCGCAUAGCUGUUCUCUUAAGUCUCCUAAGACCAUUCAAAAGUGCAAAACAAUGCUAGCACUCACAAUCUCACUGGCGCCGCUCUUUCCAUGCGCCGUAGUGGCGCCUGUGCGCUGUCAUUACACGGUGCGUUGAAGCUGUUCGUGCAGCUUCAACUUCAACUUUCGUGCACCAGCGUCUUCUGUACGCGUGUAUACUUAGGGCACCCUCCGAGGGCUUGAACCGCAACGCGACCUUGCUAUCGGUGUGAGUGCUUCGUUGUUCGGGCGAAGCUGCUUUUCUUUUUCUCUCUUUCUUUUUGCAUGGUGCACAUUUUGUGGUGUAUAGUGCACAACUAUAUGGUGAACAAUGGAGGUUAAUUGUCAAUUUCCUCUACCGUAACGCCCGCUUGGGCGAUAUGUAAGUGUGUGUGAAUGAACAAAAUAAAUGAAGCUAUAGCUUCUUUGCAGGUCACCAUGGACUCGAGACGCGGUUUUAGAUGUGAUGCAACGAAAGUGGACUUGCGCAUAGCACUCACAACUUUUGUCCUCGGACAGGUGGUGACGUGGAGCGUCUGACACCACUAGACGGCUUCGACAUGUGGCGGGCGCUCACCACGGGAGAGGCUUCGCCGCGAUCGGAGAUUCUGAUCAACAUCAACCGGCAGGCGGGCGAAUCGGCGCUGCGUUACCGGAACUGGAAGCUGGUCCUGGGAGACUUCGGCGACAUGGACGAACACUUCGAAAUACCAGGAGGGAGCCGCCCCUACGGCGACCUCGACCCCCUGAUGCGCAAUUCAAGUGCGGCAGCCGUGCUCAGACGCCUGUACGGGAAGGAGGACGUCUUCGAGCACGCCAGCCAGUGGAGGCGAGAAGCGACGAUCACGUGCGCAGACGCCGCCGCCGAUAACUUCGCUUCGGGUGGCAAUCGUUACCUGUUCGACAUCGCACAAGAUCCGUGCGAGCUGAACAACUUGGCCGAAGAACGACCAGAACUCUUCUCGAUGCUGUUGGAGAGACUGGAAGUCUACAACAAGACCGUCGUGCCGCCCGUGGACGAGACCAUCGAUCCUCGGGGCAGUCCUGAGUUCCACGACGGCGUCUGGGCACCGUGGGUGAAAUGAGUACGGGUCUCGAAUUGAGGCGCACUUGUGACGCGAAAGCGCAUCCGACGCUGGCAGCAAAAACAAUAGCGCCCCUUGUUCCCCUCAGCAAUGGUUCCCACGACAAGGCUGUCAGUUCAAUAGCGAGCUGUCCACAUCCUGGGCAAACCGAUGCAUAUAUUCGUAUUAAACCUUCAUUGAAGACUUCAAGCCUGCGCCGUCAUCGUGUUGUGUGAGACCAUGCG